UAUAGUGGCUUGUCAGGGUUGGUCUAAUCGUCCAUUCGUUUCCCUUUUGCACGUUAUCUUUCUCUCUUUCUAUUUUGAUCUGUAUUCCAAUCUUUCCCCAAAACUUCAAUUGGUCAUUCCGUUAAAUAGAGCUCUGCAUUAUAUUUUGGUGGCUUUUGGUUUAUCAUUUUCUGAACUGGGUUUGUUUCCAAGCACACUUCAAACAACAGUAAUUCUUGAUCAAAGCAAGCAGUGUUUAAUUUAUAGACAUUGCACAAAGUGGUGCGGUACGAAGAUGGUGAUCUUGGAUACACCAAACAUUAAGGAUGGCUGCCUCAUGGUAAGGAGCAAGGUUGUCUUGACAGGAGUUCCCGAAAACGUGGUUGUUUCUCCCAUUAGCUCUGGCUCAGCUUUCAUUGGUGCAACUUCAACAUCCCCAAGCUCUCGCCAUGUUUUCAGUCUUGGGACUCUUGGGGCAUUCAGGUUUUUGUCCCUCUUUAGAGUCAAAAUAUGGUGGAUGAUACCAUGUGUAGGCCAAUCAGGAAGUGAAAUUCCAAUGGAGACUCAAAUGCUGCUUUUGGAAGCAAAAGAAGUGUCUGCUUUCCAUGAUGAUGUCUCUUAUCAGCCAACUACCGAAAACCCCUUCUACAUUCUCUUCUUACCUGUCUUGGAUGGACUUUUCCGCACAAGCUUGCAGGGGACCUGUGCAAAUGAGCUCCAGAUCUGUGUUGAAAGUGGGGAUGCCAAUGUCCAAACCUCCCAAGCACUAGAAGCAUUAUUUGUCAGCUCCGGGGACAACCCAUAUGAACUCAUUAAAAAGUCUAUUAAAAUAUUGGAGAAGCACAAAGGAACUUUCUGUCAUGUUGAGAACAAGAAAAUUCCUGCACAUUUAGACUGGUUUGGAUGGUGCACUUGGGAUGCUUUCUAUAGUGAAGUCGAUCCACAAGGAAUUGAAGAGGGUCUUAAGAGUUUCAACGAAGGAGGCUUUUCACCAAAAUUUUUGAUAAUUGAUGAUGGAUGGCAGGAGACUGAAAAUGAGUUUUGUGAAGAAGGUGAAACGCUCAUUGAAGGAACACAGUUUGCAACCAGGUUGGUAGACAUCAAAGAAAAUAGCAAGUUCAAGAAUCCGGACUCAAGAAAUGGAUGCACUGACCUCCACGAGUUUAUUGGUGUCAUCAAACAAAAAUAUGGCUUAAAAUUUGUUUACAUGUGGCAUGCUUUAGCUGGUUAUUGGGGAGGCGUCCUCCCUUCAUCAGAAAAAAUGAAGAAAUAUAACCCAAAGAUUAGCUACCCUAUUCAGUCACCUGGAAACAUAGGAAAUCUUAGAGACAUUGCCAUGGACAGCUUGGAGAAAUAUGGGGUAGGGCUAAUAGACCCAAAAUAUAUUUCUGAUUUCUACAAUGAUCUACAUGACUAUCUCGUGAGCUGCGGUGUUGAUGGAGUUAAGGUAGAUGUUCAGAAUUUGUUAGAAACUCUAGGAUCUACUUAUGGUGGCCGGGUGUCAAUAACUAGACGGUAUCAAGAAGCACUUGAGCAAUCUAUUGCAAGACAUUUCAGAGACAAUAACCUGAUUUGCUGCAUGAGUCACAACUCGGACUCAAUAUACAGUUCAAAGAAGACCGCAGUUGCAAGAGCAUCAGAGGAUUUCAUGCCAAGAGAGCCGACAUUUCAGACCUUGCAUAUUGCUUCUGUGGCAUUUAAUAGUCUUCUCUUGGGUGAGAUUGUGGUGCCAGAUUGGGAUAUGUUUCAUAGCAAACAUGAUACAGCUGAAUUUCAUGGUGCAGUGAGAGCGUUGGGUGGAUGUGCAGUAUAUGUAAGUGACAAGCCUGGCAAUCACGAUUUUGACAUCCUCAAAAAACUAGUUCUGCCUGAUGGAUCAAUACUAAGAGCUAAGUAUGCUGGUCGACCUACUCGAGACUGUCUAUUUCAAGACCCCGUAAUGGAUGGAAAAAGCUUGUUGAAAAUAUGGAACUUGAACAAGGUUUCUGGAGUUUUGGGUAUCUUUAAUUGCCAAGGAGCAGGAAGUUGGCCACUGAAACAAGUCUCACUAGACAUUACCAACACAGGUUCUACAUCAAUCUCUGGAUUCAUAAGGCCACUUGAUGUUGAAUUUCUUGAAGAGAUUGCAGGUGAAAACUGGAAUGAAGAGUUUGCAGUAUAUGCCUUCAAUUCAGGAUCACUUUCUGUAUUGCCAAAGAAUGGAAAUCUGAAAGUCUCAUUGGCCACCCUACAAUGUGAAAUAUAUACUAUCUCUCCAAUUGGGGUGUUCAGUGAUGGUCUGCGUUUUGCUCCAAUAGGAUUGUUGGACAUGUACAACUCAGGAGGAGCAGUUGAGACUCUAAGCUGCAGCAUAGAACUUUCAGGGUGCAUAAUAAAAGUCAAAGGACGAGGAGUUGGGCGGUUUGGAGUCUAUUCAAGCUCUAAACCAAGGUAUUGUAAAGUGGGCAAGAAAGAGGAGUUCAACUAUAAUGCUGAAGAUGGUUUAUUGACAGUACAACUUCAAGGUGAAUGCGAUCCAAGAGACAUUGAAUUUGUGUUCUGACCCAGCAUCUAUAAAUGUGAUGAAAUUUCUACAGCAACUCAUAUAGUUUUACAUUUAUGGGAAUUGAUUUUAUUCAAAUGAGCGUUUUGAGGAAAAAAGAUUUGCUUAUAAGGAAGUUGUGAAUGUAUAAAAGGGUACAAAAUUAUAAAACUCAUAUAUGAUAUGCUUUUAUUAUCCUGCUUUUAUAUUGAUGUAAAACAUCUUUUUUUUUUAAAAAAAAAAAUUUUGUUUUUCCAGUUUAAUGGGUUAGGAAAAAUAAUAUUAAUUAAUUUAACAUAAUAGCAAUACACAAUAUAACAAAGAAAAAGUGGAGUGGCCUAGAUCAUUGGAGAAGAUAAUCUCAAUAUCCCAAGGAUAGAUAUUCAUAGAGAGUAUCUGAAUAUAGUUUGGGGGCCAUCUGUUAAAAAGUGUAAAGACAAUAUUAAAGGACACGUAAGUCCUUAGUCAUCCUUGCCCAAUACAUGGCCAUAUUUCCAAAAGCCAUAAAAAAAAGUAGUUUUGCACGGCGCGGCGGAAUUAGAUCGGUGACCAUAUAAUAUAUGUAUAUAUAUUAUGUAUGCAUAUGUCCUUCGUCUUUGCCUAUAAAUUGACACAAGUUAGAAUGAAUAUCAUUCACAAGUACGUAGCCAAGACUUCAAAAAAAAAAAAAAAAAAAAAAAGCAAGCAGGAGCAUAAAAAGAUGACGAUUACUCCAGCUCCAAGCAUAAAAAAUAUUUGCUUUAUGGUACGUGACAAGGCAGUUUUGACUAGGGUACCUGAAAAUAUUAUUGUUACACCAACAAACAGUAAAGCAGCUUUCAUUGGAGCAAGUUCUAAGACUUCAUGCUCUAGCCACGAUUUCUAUCUUGGAAUUCUUGAGUACUGUGUUCCUUGUUUUAUGACCACUAACCGGUUUUUAGGGAUACAAGUUUGAGUAUCUCUUCAGAUUCAAUCUCUGGUGGAUGAUUCCAUGUUUUGGAGAAUCUGGUUCUGAAGUUCCAGCUGAAACUCAAAUGCUUCUUUUGGAAAUUUCUGAGCCCACUACUACUGCUGGAGAAAGAUUCUACCUUCUAUUGUUGCCUAUAUUGGAUGGACAAUUCAGGGCUAGUUUGCAAGGGGCAAAUGAAAACAGGCUCGAGUUCUCUGUCGGAAGUGGUUGGUUGUUUCACUUUUAUAUGCAUGUCUAAAUGUUCAAACAUGGUUGGUUUUCUUCCAUGGAGGUUCUUGUUUAAUUAUCUUUUUUAUCUUGAUCUGGGUUUUAACUC